GCUCCCGAGGUCAGAUGUUCGGGUCACAGAGUGGAGAAGAACCCAGGGCUCUUGAGGGGCAGGGUUAUAUCUGGAAACCCCCUAGGUGGGCGGGGUGAGCUUGGGAGGUUCAGCUACUGGUCCGCUAGGGAGGAAGGAGUUAAGUGGUGCUACUAUCACCUGAGCUGGGCAUCAAAUUACCCGGGUCCAGGUUCCUCCUGGAAAGAGGUGGAGCUGAGCCUGCCCCUGGGCUUCUGGCUGCCUCAGGCCUGGGUGAGUCCUACUGAGGAAGUCUGGGAGGAUAGGAAAAGGGCUCCUACUGGGGAUCCUCACUGACUCUCUGUCCUCAGGCUCCCCAAUAUGGCCCUGCCCCCACGCCUGGGCCCUACACCCCACUCAGAGCCCUUCAGCCACCCGCCCGGAGCCCCUAGGGAACUGAACGCAGCUGGAUGCACCAUCUGCUCGGCCUCUGGAGAGGAGAGAACCAGGUCAGAACAGGCCCAGAAGCUGGGGCAGGACUCCUUGGACCCUCCCGAGCCCUUCCAGGGUGGGCCGAGGGGCACUGAGCCUGCUGCUGGCCUCCCCAGAUUGCCAACGCCCCCUUCUCAUGAGGACUCGGCUGGGGCCAAACACCGUGAGCGCCCCAUCUCUGGCCGGGAAGUAUUGGAGGCUGAGCAGGACAGCCUGCAUCUUUGCCUUUUGGGGCUGGGCCUCCGGCUGCAGGACCUGGAGCAAGGCCUGGGGCCCUGGGCAUCAGCCCAGAGCAGGAUGGUCCAGCUGCAGGCCCUACAGGCAGACCUGCGUGGGGCAGCUGAGCGUUUAGAUGCACUGCUGGUGUUCGGUGAGGGGCUGGCACAGCGGAGUGAGCCUCAGGCCCGGGCAUCCCUGGAGCAGGUCCUGAGGGCCUUCAGAACCCACCGAGACAGCGUCUUCCGGCAGCUGUGGCGGCUGCAGGCCCAGCUGGUGUUUGAGGAGGCCAGCACACUGGAGCAGGACUUGGAGGUCGAGGGGGACUCAGACGGGCCAGGACCUGGUGGGGUCUGGGGGCCCUGGGCACCCAGUAGCCUCCCCACUCCCGCAGAGUUGGAGUGGGACCCGGCGGGGGACGUUGGGGGCCUCGGGCCUUUGGGGCAAAGGACAGCCUGGACACCAGGGACUCCCUGUGAGCUGUGUGGCCGCAGGGGCCCCCAGGGCAGGGGACAAAGCCUUGAGGACAUGCUCAUGUCAGGCCUCAGCCACCGGAAACCCUUAACAGGUCACCGAAGACGGUCCCUGCUCCGGAAGUCUCAGGACAAGAUGAGGCAAGCAUCUCCCAGUGUCCAGGAUGUGAUGCUGGAGGUAGACCCUGGAUCCCCCACUCCUGCAUCCAGGCGGCCCCUGACCUUCCUCCUCCUCCUCCUUUUCCUUCUGCUGGUGGGUGCCACAUUGCUCCUGCCCAUGUCAGGGGGCUCCUGCUGCUCUCCUGCCCGACUGGCCAGGACACCUUACCUGGUGCUCAGCUAUGUCAAUGGUCCUCCCCCGAUCUGAGUACACAGUCCAGACAUAUGUAAU